AUGGAAUCACAAUGUGGUGCAAUUGAUAUUGAGAGAUUUGACGAAAUGGCCUUGAAAAAGAAACUUUUGGACGGAAUCAAGUUUCAUGGCAUAGAAAGGACGUCACAAUUUCAAAAAAUUGUUAUCUCGCCAUGUGUUCGAGGUGACAAUGUUAUCGCUCAGUCACACUUUGGAAGUGGAAAAUCUGUGUCGUUGGCUAUUUCAGCAUUACAAAAAGUCGACACUAACAUCAACAAGUGUCAGAUUUUAAUUCUUACACCAACUCGUAAAAAUACUUCGAAAAUUCAUGCAUUGAUAACUUCUAUUGGUGAAUUUAUUCACUCGCAUUGCUUGUCUGUUGUUGCACCCGCAGAAAAAUAUGAUUUUAAUGAAGAACUACCACAAAUAUUGAUUGGAACACCUGGAAGAGUUCUUCAAAUAAUUGAAAGCGGUCUGGUUACAACCAACAUGAUCAAACUGCUUUGUUUGAAUGAAACUUAUCAAUUAUUAUCACGAGGCUACAGCGAUCUCAUUAAAAGUAUUUCAGAGAAAUUAUCGAAGGACAAGCAAACAAUUUUAUUCACUUCAGUAAUGCAGCCAGAAAUCAAUGAUUUGAGUAAAGAAAUUAUUGAAGAUUAUUUAAAUGCAACGAGAAUUGUGAAUGAAACUACAUGUGAUAUUCAUCAAUUCUUCAUAAACGCAAAGAAUGAAGAGGAGAAAUUGAAAAUGUUGCACGAAAUUUGCUGUGAAAGUGAUGACGAAAAUCGAGGAAUAAUUUUCUGCAGUGAUUCCAAUGGCUCAAUUCUAACUAAAGAGUUGCUUGGAAUGAAUCUAAAUGUAGCACAUUUAAGUCAAGAAGAUGAAAUUAUAUUGAGAAAGUUUAUUGAAGGGAAAAUUCGGUUUAUUAUCACCGAUUCUGUUGAUCACUUCCGCAACAUUCCUUCGCUAAACUCUGGAAAAUCAUUUAAAAUUAUUAACUUUGACAUUCCGAAUUUGUACGAGAUUUACCCAGAAAGAAUUUCUGUUGGUCAUCGAGUUGGCAUCAAAAGAAUUGUUUUAAACUUAACUACCGAUGAAAGUUUGGAAACUUUG